AUGGAUCCCGUUAUAACGUUAAAAAGAUCUUCACAAAUCGACGUAAAUGCUUGUAUUUUCUGCCAGACCAGUCUUAAAGAUCAACAUUUGAGAGCUGCUACUGAUUAUAGCAGAACGGUAGUUCGCGAUGCCAUGAAUUUGCGGAGCAAGUUUAGAGAUGUUGGGAACAGGGAAACAAUCAGUAGGCUGGAAGAAGUCAUAAAUAGUAUUGAUAGUUCAAUCGUCUGGCAUGUCAAAUGCUAUUCCCUAUUUACAAGCAAAGACAAAAUUCAGCGCCUGGAGAAAACGUGCAACAAAGAUGAGGCGACUGCAAGACCAAACUCAAGUCCGAGUAAACCGCGUGCGCAAACAGAGCAAGUUGAUUGGGAUAAAUGUGCUUUCUGUCAGGUUCAUACGAAUGAGCACUUAUCGUCGGUUAUGACAUUUAAGAUGAGUGAACAAAUUAUUGAAAUUUCUAAGUUUGACAAAAUACUGUGCGCUCGAUUUGCGGGUAUCUCAAAUCAUUGAUAGCCGCUGAAGCCAAGUACCAUUUAUCAUGCUUCAGUGCAUCUAAAAGAUCAAGGGAUAAGACAAAGAGUGAAAUAAACAACAAUGAUUUAGCAUUGGUUUGGUUUUCCAAAGAAUUGGAGUAUGCUGCUGACAAGGGCCAUGUUAUUAGACUUGAUGACGUAUGGGAAAGAUACACUAUAUUAGCCGAAAAAGCGGGCAACACGCUUCCCUCUCUUUUAUCAGUCGAAGGGCGACUUUUCAGGACAAACUUAUGCAUAUGGUUGGAGACAUCAUAG